CAGAAACCUAAUGUGUCUAGAGAAAUCCUCUCUAGCCCGAUUCCCAAGGUGCGUCGCUCAGAUGAAUCUCCUCCGCUUCAACGACGUCGCUCUUUCCCCUUCCCUCUGAAGCAGCUCUGCUCCCUCUCCAUGGUCGUGAUGUUGACUUCCUUUUCGUCACGGUUCAGACCUCCUCCAGAUCCGCCUCAUCCAGAUCCGCUGCUGUGGUCGUUGUGUAAGUCUCGUCCGUUUAAAGCUCGCUUCCUCAUCGUCCCUCCAGAACCUCCAGAAUCCCCAGACGUUCCCUUUUCCCUCGCUCCUCCCCUUCAAACCAUCGAAUCCUCCGUCAAUCCCGUCAUCUUCCUCCCUCGUUGCAGCUUCUCCUCUGAGAUCUCAACACAGUUCCUCUUUUCAGCUCGAGCCACAAUUUAUCUUUGCAGAAACCUCCUCUCUCUUAGUCAAGCUUUCGAAAGGGAUUAAUGCUUCUAAAAAUGGAGGUUUUGGAUGGUGUAUCCAUGGUAUGGAUGAAGCCCAUGACUCUCAAAGCUCUUCUAGGGUACUAUAUGUGGUCUCAACCCUUGCAACUGAAGCUUUGACGUUGCAGGUGGCCCUUCCUUCAGCAUCAUCUGCUGGAUUUUCAAAGCUUCAAGUAAUUUCAGAUUCUAUUGUCUUCUUCUCUGCCAUGCUUUUAGAAAUGGAUUUGAACGAGAUCGCAGGUUCUCUCUUUACAAACCUUGCCACUCUCUUCAUUCCUUUGUCAUUUAACAUUUAUCAGUGCGCGACAUUAUGUUUGGUUGUUGCAAGUGCUAUGUAUGUGUUCUUCAGACUAUGUUCCUCUAUUACUCUAUUUUGAGAUAUGAAUGAAAGAAAUCUUUGACA